CGUAUUAUGACCUGUUACCAAGGCAGCCAGGAAGAAGCUGGAGAAGCUGUGAAGGGAGCGGACCGAGCUGCUAUGGGCAUCCGAAAAGGCUGAUCACUUUUAUACGGCUUAGGCUGCCACCAUGGGCACCGCAUCCUCUUUGGUCAGCCCAGGAGAGGUAAUUGAGGAUGGAUAUGGAGGUGAAGGAGGGGAAGCCUGUGAGAUCCCAGUUGAGGUCAAGCCCAAAGCCCGACUCCUGCGCAGUUCCUUUCGCAGAGGACCUCGGGUGAUUGGGGCCAGUUUUAAAUCCACAGGUUCUGUGGAUCUAGAGUAUGCUGCUGAGUAUGAAAGACUCCGUAAAGAGUAUGAAAUUUUUCGCGUCAGUAAAAAUAAUGAGAUCUCAUCCAUGCAAAAGAAGGAGUCCAAGCUGGAUGAGGAGAACAAGAGGCUGAGGGCUGAGCUACAGGCUCUGCAGAAGACCUACCAGAAGAUCCUUAGAGAAAAAGAGAGUGCUCUUGAGGCGAAGUAUCAAGCUAUGGAGAGGGCUGCCACCUUUGAACAUGACAGGGACAAAGUAAAACGACAGUUUAAGAUUUUCCGGGAGACAAAAGAAAAGGAGAUUCAGGAUCUCCUGCGCGCCAAGAGGGACUUGGAGGCCAAACUGCAACAGUUGCAAGCUCAGGGCAUUCAGGUCUAUGACCUAAAUGAUUCUGACUCAGAUGACAACCAAACCACGGUUACUGCUGCAGGGACACAGUGUGAGUACUGGUCUGGUGGUGUGCUGGGAAGUGAGCCCUCUAUGGGUAGCAUGAUGCAGUUGCAACAGACGUUCCGUGGACCGGAGUUUGCCCACAGUUUGAUAGAUGUGGAGGGACCCUUUGCAAAUGUGAGCAGAGAUGAUUGGGAUGCUGCAGUGGCCAGUCUGCUUCAGGUCUCCCCUCAUUUACCCCAGGCCUUAUGGAGUAAUACAGUGCGCUGCUACCUAAUCUUUACCCAGGAGACCAAAGCUGAGCUUGAUGUCUUUAUUAAGAAACACUCUCCCGUGUUACGGAGAAUGUGUGAGCGUCUAGGCCAUUUCUACCUGAAUGUCUGCUUCCCAGAGGAGAAUGCUGCCUCUUACGCUGUUGAGCGCAAGCAGGAGAUUGAAAGGAGCUCUGUGUGUGUGCUUCUUGUCAAAUCUACUGUCACCAGCUCUGUGGUGGAGGAUUGUGAGGAGGCUUUUGUGAAGAAUCCAGAUGGCCAUCCACUAGUGCUCUACCUCAGGACUGAAGAAGAUCACAAUUUGACUGGACCCACCAGGGAACUGCUAGAAAGGGUCAAUGCUGCAGACAAGGCUGCUAAAGUCAAGGUGGUGGAUCAUAGUGGUUCUGCAGAAGAGGGUGCUGCACUGAUUUAUUCUCAACUUGAGAAAGUCAUCAAACAGGAGUUGCUGGCUUUUGUAGGAGCAGAUGUUGACUCUAAGGACUCUGGGAUAGAGGAGGGACGUGAGGAAGACUCAGGAGACGUACUGUGGGACCUGCAUGACGAGCAGGAACAGAUUGAGUCCUACCAGCAGGCCCGUAGCAGCACCACCUCCCAGUUAGGCUUCCAGAAGUAUAUAGAUCGUUUGAAUGACAUGAUAGCUGCUCCCCCUCCCACCCCUCCUCUGCUGGUGUCUGGUGGUCCAGGCUCAGGAAAGUCUCUCCUGCUCUCCAAAUGGAUUGAGCAGCUGCAGAAGCAGUCCCCCAACACCUUGUUCCUUUAUCAUUUUGUUGGUCGCCCACUUUCCACAAGCUCAGAGCCGGUUCUCAUUAUCAAACGUCUCACAGUCAAACUGCUGCAGCACUUCUGGUCUAUUUCUGGCUUGUCCAUGGAGCCCAGUAAGAUCUUAGAAGAGUUUCCUCGCUGGCUUGAAAGACUAUCAGCACGCCAUCAAGGAAACAUCAUCAUCAUCAUUGACUCCAUUGACCAAAUACAGCAAGCAGAAAGACACAUGAAGUGGCUGAUUGACCCUCUCCCUGUUAAUGUCAGAGUGGUGGUGUCUGUCAAUGUAGAGACAUGUCCUCAAGCUUGGAGGUUAUGGCCCACACUCCAUUUAGACCCACUGAGUCCCAGAGAGGUCAGGAGCGUUGUUAAUGCAGAGUGCCAGAGCAUGGAUCUCAAACUUACCAAGGACCAGGAGAAGAAGCUGGAAAGGCACUGUCGCUCUGCAUCAACCUGCAAUGCAUUGUAUGUCACACUACUGGCAAGAAUGAUGAUCAGCAGUAUAGCAGGUUGGUCACUGGAGAAGAGCCUGGAGCAGUGUCUACAGUGCCAGGACACCAUGUCACUCUACCGCCUGGCACUGAAGAUGACGCUGAACUCCCUUAACACAGACCGAGAACAACACAUUAUGAGAGAGAUACUGUGCCUUGUAUGUGCCAGCCAUAAUGGAGUUAGUGAAUCAGAGGUACUAGACCUUUUCCCAGAACUGGAGUUGCCUGUCCUGUCCUCUCUGCUUUACCAUCUGAACAGACUCUGCAUUGUAACCCUCCGUUGUGGGCUCAUCAGGUUUCAACACCUGCAGGCUUGGGAAGCUGUGAGGUUGGAGUUCCUGGGUGGAGGAAGUAGCUCGGCUUCUUACAGAGAGAAACUCAUACAGUACUUUAGUCAGCAACUCAGCCAGGAUUGCGUGACGUGGCGUGUUGCAGAUGAACUGCCAUGGCUGUUCCAACAGCAGGAGGAUAGGACUAAACUACAGCUUAGCCUCCUGAACCUGUUUGUCUCCCAAAACCUCUACAAAAGGGGUCAUUUCUCUGAGCUGCUAGCCUAUUGGCAAUAUGUGGGCAAAGACAAAAGCUCCAUGGCCACUGAGUACUUUGACUCCCUAAAACACUUUGAGAAGAGCUGUGAGAGCGAAGACACCAUGACCAAGCUGGCAAACCUGUAUGAGACCUUGGGACGUUUCCUCAAAGACCUGGGCCUCCCUAGUCAGGCUGUAGCGCCUUUACAGAGGUCACUUGAGAUAAGGGAGACAGCCUUGGACCCAGACCAUCCCAGCGUUGCUCGCUCUCUGCACCAGCUGGCCGGAGUUUAUGUUCAGUGGAAGAAGUAUGGCAACGCUGAGCAGCUGUACAAGCAGGCCCUGGAGAUAAGUGAGAAUGCAUAUGGAGCUGAGCAUGCCAGCGUAGCACGAGAGCUGGAGUCACUCGCCAUGCUCUAUCAGAAACAAAACAAAUAUGAACAAGCAGAGAAACUCAGGAAGAGGUCAGUGAAGAUCCGUCAGAAGACUGCUCGCCAGAAAGGUCAUAUGUAUGGCUUCACUUUGUUGAGGCGCAGAGCCCUACAGCUGGAAGAGCUGACCCUGGGAAAAGACUCUGCAGACUCUGCCAAGACACUUAAUGAACUGGGUGUCUUGUACUACCUCCAAAACAACCUGGAUGCAGCCAAGAUGUUCUUGACCCGCUCUCUGGAGAUGCGUCAGCGUGUCCUCGGUCCAGAUCACCCAGACUGUGCUCAGUCCCUCAACAACCUGGCUGCACUGCACACAGAGAGGAGGGAGUAUGAGACGUCUGAAGACAUGUAUGAGAGGGCACUAGAUAUUCGCAAGAGGGCCUUGUCCCCAGACCACCCCUCGCUGGCAUACACACUCAAACACCUGGCCAUGCUCUAUAAACGCAGAGGAAAGCUGGAAAAGGCUGUGCCACUGUAUGAGCUGUCUCUGGAAAUCAGGGAAAAAAGUUUUGGGCCCAAACACCCCAGUGUGGCCACAGCACUGGUCAACCUGGCUGUAAUCUACUGCCAACUAAAGAAGCACAGUGACGCCUUGCCUCUUUAUGAACGAGCGCUGAAAGUGUAUGAGGAUAGUUUGGGGCGUUCACACCCACGGGUCGGAGAGACUCUAAAAAACUUGGCUGUGCUAAGCUAUGAAGAGGGUGACUUUGAGAAAGCAGCAGAGCUUUACAAACGUGCAAUGGAGAUAAAGGAGGCAGAGCCAUCGUUGGUGUGUGGGAACGCCCCGUCCCGCCACUCCUCCAGUGGGGACACAUUCAGUCUGAGGGGACCUGCUCCCCUCCCACAUGCCCCGAGGUGACACUGUUCAGCCACUUAUUGCCAAAGAACCUUACAGGCUGUCGACAGCUCUAACUACCAUCAAAAAACGAAAACAUCAGACCCCAUGGUUUUAUCAAAAUAGAAACCAUUCUGGUCAUCACACUGCGAUUGUUGUCUAGAUGGAGGUUUUAGGGUUUGGUCAAAUAGACUGUCAGUAUGAUUAUGAAGUCUGCCAUAUUAGUCUGUGAAACCUGUGUAUUUGUCACAAGUAUUUAUUAAUAUUUCUAAUAAUCAUGUAUGCAAGGAACUUCCGUUAUAGCAGUCCUUUUUUUGGAACUCAGGUUUACAUUAAUUGUUAAUUAACAAUUUGUUCCUAUUUACAUGCCUCAGUGUAUAUCAGCAAAAUAGCAGCACAGAUUAAUUUGCUGGCAUGGAAUGCCAUGAGGGCUUGGCAUAUUAUAGCACUUUUUCAAAACUUUCCUUUUUUUUGUAAACUAGGAAUGAAUGAAUAGCCCAAAAUUAGUAAAAAACAAAAAGGGCUUCUCAAGCUUAUUUUAAGGAAAUUAAGUAUGAACUAUCAAACAUUAUCACAUCUCAGUAUGAUCAUGCUGUGUAUCUCUUAGCAAGUGUUCAGACCUCAAACGGUUUUUGUUGCUAAGUCGACAUUCCUGACAUCCUAACUGAAGGAUUUUAGAGAACUUCUGUCUCUAAAAGCAUCAAUGCGCAUAUUUUGGAAAGUUGUUAUAUUUAUAUGCUGUUAAGAUACCAUUUGUUUAAAUUACAUAAUGUUUUCCUACCAGUAUUACGUGUGUAAUCCAAAAAGAAAUAAAUGCAGAACCAAAGACAAGCAUUGACCAUUGUCUGAUAAGACUUCUCGGAUACUGAUUUCAUGCUUUGUUUAUGCAAAACUAAAUGGCUGUUCAUGUAUUCGUUAAAGCUGUGGUAGGCACUUUAUUUCGUGCGUUGUUUGGCAAAAAUUCCAAAAAUAUUUUUUAGCAUAUUGUUAUUCUUUUACCCACUGUAGCUUUAACAAAAAAUGAUUUUAAGGGAUUUGCCAAAAACAUAAUAGUACCACACAAGUGUCCAGGUUAAAGUACAAUAAAGUAAUAAUUUGGUACAGGGUGUACCAAAACCUUUUGUCUCAUUGCCUUAAUAUAGUACAUACGGUGUACCUUAAGUGUUUUUCUAUAAUAAUGUAUUAUUGUAAUGUAAUUAAAAGCUGUGAAAGGACAAUAACAAAAAUCACAUCCAAUAUAUCAAGAAGAUUGUAUUCCAUCUAAUAAAUACUUUAUUGAGACAACUUAAA